AUGUCGUCCAGCGCCUCCGAGAUCGUCGCCGACACGACGCACGGGCGCCACCACCUGAAGAUCGACGGCUACUCGAUCACCAAGGCCACCCUGCCCACGGGGGAGUUCCUCAAGUCCCAGCCUUUCUCCGUCGGCGGCCGCCGCUGGGCCAUCCAGUACUACCCCAACGGCGACCCGUCCUCGCACAAGGGCCACAUCUCCCUCCACCUCGUCCUCGACGACGCCGUCGCCGGAGAGGUGCGCGCGCAGGUCCAGUUCCGCUUUAAGGCCGAAAAGAAGCACGCGCUCUCCUUUCUCCAGAGCUGGGGCCGUAAGCCCGCGCCGCUGAAGCUCGGCAGGGUGGAGGCCGGCGAAGAUGGCGUCUGGGAGUGCCCGAAUUUCGUCAAGAGGAAGACCCUGGAGGAAUCGGACCAUCUCAAGGACGAUUCCUUCACCAUCCGCUGCGACAUCAUCGUCGUCAACGAGUUCCGCGCCGAUGGGGGCCCGCCGCCGGCCCCCGCGCCAAGAUCCGUCCCUGUGCCCCCGUCCGACCUUGGCCAGCAGCUCGGCGACCUCCUCGCGGCCGACAAGGGCGCCGACGUCGUCUUCGAGGUCGGCGGCGAGACGUUCGCCGCGCACCGGUGGCUGCUCGCGGCCCGGUCGCCGGUCUUGAGCGCGGAGCUCUUCGGCUCGAUGAGGGAGGGCGGCGCCGCCGGCGCGGUCCGCGUGGCCGACAUGGAGGCGCAGGUCUUCAAGGCGCUGCUCCGCUUCAUGUACACGGACUCGUGGCCGCUGGAGACGGCGGAAGAAGAGGAAUUCGCCAUGGCCCAGCAUCUGCUCGUGGCGGCCGACAAGUACCGCAUGGAGAGGCUCAAGCUGAUCUGCGAGGACAAGCUGUGCAAGAACAUCGCGGCGGGCACGGCGGCGAGCAUCCUGGCGUUAGCUGAGGUGCACCACUGCCAUGAGCUCAAAGGCGCAUGCUUCCAUUUCCUCAGCUCUCCGAAGAACCUGACGGCAGCCAUGGCCGGCGACGACUUCGAGAAUCUGCGCUCAAGCUUCCCCUCUAUUGUCAAGGAGCUGAUUGCCAAGUGCUCGAUCGAUGCCCCAGCUCAGUAA